AUGCAGCCUGGUCUGGCAGCAGUAUGUGUAGAGACCAAAACACCGAAUGAAAAUCAUCCGCCUCCUUUGGACUUGCUCCGGAGUAAUCAAAGAAGUGUGAGUUUCGGCAAACUGGGCGAAUUCGCCGGCACCGGUUCUCCAUCACAACCUCACCAAGUGUCUCUUGCCAUAGAGUGGAUGUUACGGGCGCUUUGGCUCGAUGUCGCCAAAGGGUCGUCUGAAUCCAACGGCAAUGUCAUGACUCCGUUUACAGAAGAGAUGAAAGACUGGUUCGACAUAGCCUUCCGCUCCCAGUCGGAGGAACAUCCUGUUGAUUUCAAUAAGCGCUUCGUCAUGGCUGUUAAUAGCGAUAUGCCUUGA